AUAAGCGCCCUCUAUAAUAAUAAACGUCAAAGUCGUUUGUUAUUCUUGAUUUUGUCAAUUUUAAAGCUCUUUUCCAACUAAAAAUAAACGAUGGCUUCAUCAGAACCGAUUCAAGUGAGUUCGUUACCACUACCGCCGAUGCAAUACAUUAACCAAUACUCCGACGAGAUGAUUCGAAGGGGCAGAGCCCCUCGGCCUCCACCGCCGAUACAUGAUACUUAUCAUAUGUUUGGAAAUACUUUUAAUACUGAAGAAAGUAUCAUUCGGCCGUUAGAAAGCCAGGGUAUAAAACGUUUAUAUCCUUUACAUUUUGAUCGUAGGAGAGAAUUAAAGAAACUUAAUCAAUCUCUUUUAGUGAAUUUCUUAGACUUACUUGAUUUAUUAGUACACUGCCCGGAUUCUCCGCGUAGAGCGGAAAAAGUAGAAGAUUUAAGCUUAUUAUUUAUCCACAUUCAUCAUUUAUUAAAUGAAUUUAGACCACACCAAGCACGCGAAACUUUAAGGGUUAUGAUGGAAUUGCAACGAAGGGAACGUUUAGAAACUGCAAAUAGAUUUCAAAAGCAUUUGGAUAAAGUUAAAGAAAUUUUAGAGCAAGCUUUACAAAACUUACCCGAACCUAUGGAAAUUGAUUCUCAACUGAUGAUUGAGACAGAUUUACUUGUUAAUAGUGAUAAUAAUAUUAAAGAUGAUAUCAAUUCGGAUCCUUGUAGUAUUUUUGAUAGGAUUAUGUGUAAAGUUGUUGAUGAAAUGUAAUAAAAAAGUUUUUUUUAUUUGAUUUGUGAUAAGAUUAUCAAAAAAUUAAUAAAAUGGGAGUUGAGGUUA